AUGGAGUGGGAGGGUGAUGCUGGAUCAGUCAAAAUCAAUGGCACAAAUUACUUCCUCAAGCAAUGCCAUUGGCACACCCCCUCUGAGCAUUCCAUUAAUGGCAUAAGGUAUGAUUUGGAGCUGCACAUGCUUCACCGAAGUCCGGACCCGAACAUUAAAGCUGUAGUUGCACUUCUAUUCAAAAUUGGCAGCCCCAAUCCUCUUCUCUCAAAGGUGCACAACGGCUUAGAGUCUAUGAAUGGUACAAAGGAGACACAACUGGGACUGACUGAUCCAAGUGAGAUAAAAUGGAGCAGCUUAAAAUUUUACAGAUACAUUGGCUCACUCACAACCCCUCCUUGCACUGAAGACCGUAAACGAAAUGUAUGCAAAGAUGAACGCAAGACCAUCACAGCCUCUCAGCGACCGAGACAUCAUGCUCUACAGCCCGUUGUUAAGACAGCCAGUGUUGCAAAACUAGCAACAUCCAUGCUAAAAGGCCUCAAGAUUAACACAAUUGUGAACAAAGAUAUGAUGUCUGAGGUUGCUACAAAGGAGGUACACUUAGCAGCGAAUGAUCCAAGGGAAAUAAAAUGGACUAGCUUCAGUUUUUACAGAUACAUUGGAUCACUCACAUCCCCUCCUUGCACUGAAGGAGUUAUUUGGACCAUAAACGAAAGGUAUGCAGAGAUGAAUACAAGACCAUUACAACCUCUCAAUUGCCGAGAAAUCAAGCACUAUGGCCUGUCGUUAAGUGAUGCACCAAGCCCCCAUGAAGGCAACCACGGCCCCAAGCAAUAUAGGUCAGUUAGGGCACAAAGCCCCAAGGAAUCUGUCCCAAAUAAUGCACCAAAACCAAGCCACCCAGAGGGUAACCAAAGCCCUAAGCAAUCUUUCAGAUUAUUUUACGCACAUAACAGUGUGUAUCUUCGCAUAUCUUCUCUAAAUUACUUUUUUUUUUAA